UGAAGAAAGUGAAGUUAAAAAUACACUCAGAGGAUAAAAAGAAAAGAAAAAGCUUGAAAAAAAGGAGAUCAGAUGAGGUACAAUCUGCGGUUGACCAGUAGGGGGCCUCGGCUCCUUGCUGUGUCGUCCUCAGUCUCCUCCCCCAGAGAGUGAGAGUAGGAGUAAGUCGUCCCCUUCAGCAUCUAGUGAAGCCGUGCAGUGGGCGGCAGCUCUCCCAUGAGGACAAACAGAGAUAGGCUGCUUAAGACACUCCCCUGGCUGGGAGUGGUGCAGCCAGACCUUAGCCCCACCCACCAGGCUGAGGAGGAGGAACACGGCGCUGCCCAAGCUGAUCCCUUCAAUCUUCCCCACAGUGUGGAGCAGCCGGCAGCGCGCACACACACUCUCACACACUUUCACACAGCCACACACACUCACACUCACUCUCGCACACACACUCGCGCGCGCAACAAAGCAGGCAGUCGAGGAAGGCGGGUAAUAAAGAAAAGAACAUCACAGAGGAAAAACAGCGUUGCUGCACCUGGACUUUUCGGAUACUGCAGUCUGCCUGGAGUUUGUGCCGUUUCCAGUGUGCCUCGUAACCUCACGGCUCACGUCUGGUCCUUCCUGCGGAGGGUUUGAGUCCCGUCAGCUGCGCGUGCAGAGAUCCAAAUCCGACGACUGUCUACAUUGCCGCUUUGUGCAUCCGCCAGACGGGAACAAAGUGUGCGACUGGGAUAUCUGACAAGCUCCUCUGGGAACCAACGCUGCACCGACUGUCAGAGAGAAAGAGAGAGAGAGUGAGAAAGAAGGAGCAAGAUAGACAGAAAGAGAGAGAGUCAAAGUCAGGGCAUGAGCAGGAGACUAGAAGCCGGUUUUCCGGAGAAGUGAUCGCCACAGUGCCCCCUCCUCUUCCCUCACCUCCUUCCUUCCUUCUCUCCUCUCUCCUGUGCCGCUGCUCAUUCUUUCUUCGCGCACACCUCCGCUGCUAUCCCAUCCUCGUACCUCUGCUCUCCUUCCAUCAUCUCCUCCUCCCCUGCUCCCGAAGACAGCGUGAAGAGGAGAGGCACGGCACAUGCACACUUGCCCGUGUGCCAUAUCAUCUCAUUCUCUCUCUCCGUCCUUCCUCUGGCUCCGUCCCUCACGCGGAUCUAGCCUCUAGCCGCGGAACCACAAGCGGAGGCUUUUUGAGUUGUUGGAUCCCACACGCGAGUCUCUGUAUCCAGCCACAGCCAGAAGGAUUCCAGCUACAUGGGCAAACGCUUGGAACAGCAACCAAUGUACCCCCAGUACACUUACUAUUACCCUCACUACCUUCAGACUAAGCAGUCAUAUGCCCCGCCCCCUCCUCCCAUGGCUCCGCCCAGCCCCAGCACCAAUAGCAGCAGCCACAGUGCAGCGGAGCAGCUCAGUAAAACCAACCUGUACAUCCGGGGCCUUCCGCCUGGCACCACCGACCAGGACCUCAUCAAACUCUGCCAACCGUAUGGAAAAAUAGUGUCAACAAAGGCAAUCCUGGACAAAAACACCAACCAGUGCAAAGGAUAUGGCUUUGUGGAUUUCGACAGUCCGGCGGCGGCACAGAAAGCUGUAGCGUCCCUGAAGGCCAGUGGAGUGCAGGCACAGAUGGCAAAGCAACAGGAGCAGGACCCCACUAACUUGUACAUCUCAAAUCUCCCGGUUUCAAUGGAUGAACAAGAGCUGGAGAACAUGCUGAAGCCCUUCGGACAUGUCAUCUCCACACGGAUACUGCGAGACGCCAACGGGGUCAGCCGAGGGGUCGGGUUUGCCAGAAUGGAGUCCACCGAGAAAUGUGACGUGGUGAUUCAACAUUUCAACGGAAAGUUCCUCAAAACCCCACCAGGGGUACCAGCCCCGACGGAGCCGCUGCUGUGCAAGUUUGCAGAUGGAGGACAGAAGAAGAGGCAGAGUCAGAGCAAGUACCCUCAAAACGGCCGACCGUGGCCUCGGGAAGGAGAGAGUGGCAUGGCGCUGACCUAUGACCCCACUGCAAUGCAGAACGGGUUCUACUCCUCACCAUACAGCAUCUCCACAAACCGCAUGAUCGCUCAAACGUCAAUCACUCCAUUCAUCGCUGCCUCUCCUGUCUCCACAUAUCAGGUCCAGAGUACGUCGUGGAUGCCUCACCAACAGUACGUUAUGCAACCUACGGGUGCUGUGAUAACGCCAACCAUGGACCACACCAUCUCCAUGCAGCCCGCUAACAUGAUGGGACCCCUCACCCAGCAGAUGAACCACCUGUCCAUGGGAACCUCUGGCACUUACAUGACUGCGGCUGCUGCUCCUAUGCAGGGGACAUACAUUCCCCAGUACACUGCGGUGCCUGCCUCAGCUGUCUCAGUGGAGGGAGUGGUGACGGAGGCUUCUCCACAGAGCGUUCCGCCCUCAUCGCAGGACGCCAGCGGUCAGCAACAGCCUCUGGGCGUGGACAACACCAGCGAUCACGCGCCCACCUACACUUUUCAGCCUGCUAAAUAACCAGAGGAGGAGGGGGGCGUUGAGGUGACUGCGUUGCCUUGAGACUGGGGGACUGCAACGAGGGAACAUUGAAGACAGCGCAAGAGAUAGGAAAACACGUUUGUGUCUACUUUUGCACAAGCAUCUAAAAAAACAACUACAACAAACAAACAAUUUAUUUAACACCUGGCCCACACCGGAGGACCUUUGGAGGACUCACAACCAGACCGGAAAAAGAGAGAAAUGCAGUCUGGGAGAUCGAGCCUACUGUUAAUCGGCUACCCGAAAAACUUUACCUUCAUGAAGUGAACGAAUUCAAACAAGUACAAGUUUUCCUAUUCUUUUUUUGAAUGUGCAGGUAGGUUUUCAGAAACAGUGGGUUUUUCUAUUAGACGAGGAAGCACGUUCUUGUAAAACAAUGAGAGAAGGAGCAAAAGAAGUCUUCCUCGGAUUCUAAGCUACUAUUACUUUUCUUUUUUUAUGAGUUAGAUUUUAGUUUUCUAGAGAAUUUCAAUGUUUUUUCAUCUUUGUUGCCUUAAUUUCAAGAAACAUCUAAGACUUUUUCCUGUUUGAACUGAACAGACUGAUGAAUGCAGUGAAAAUGACCUGACAAAGAAAGGAAAUUACCUGUAUAAAGCAUAGAAAGAAAGAGAGAGAGAGGUCUCCUGGAGACGUUUUAAAUUAUCAGUGGUGACUUUGUGUUUAAAAGAGAGGACAGACAAAAAAAAUAUUGUGGUCAUGAUGAUGAAGAUGAUUAAAGAGAGUUGCAUUUUUUAGAAACAGAGGGAAAAAAUGUUAAUCCACUGCAUCAUGGGAAAUGCAGUUUAUUGUGUAGUGCAGAUCAUUUUUAAUGGCAUUAUUGUUUUUAUCUGCAAUAUUUUUUAUGAGCUUUAAGGUGUUUUUAGCCUGCUUUGCUUGUUUCAUUGCGGAAAAAAAAAAAAAGAAAACUAAAACAGUCAAAAAAAAUGGCAGUGCAAAUCUAAAUAGAUAAGAGCUUAUGGAUUAAAUCAAAACGAAAAAAAGCAAAUGUGUGCAAAAAGCAAUAGUAAUAGGAAAUUGUUGACAAUUUCUUUAGUCUUUCUUAGCUGUGGAUCAAAUGCAGCCCAUGGAUGGCAUAUUUUAUACCAAAGAUGAAGAAACCCCCCUCAAGACAGUGGAGUGGAUCGAUUUUUUUUUCCGUUUCUUUUUUUCUAUUUGAGAUUUUUUGGCGUAAUCAGUUGGUUUCAGAAGUAUCCGUUUGACCUUGACGGCCAAAUUGGUACUUUAGGGUUUAAACUUCCUUCCACUGUUGCAGAAUCUAUGUCAAUCGUUCAGUUGAGAGGCAGAAAACCACCAUCACUGAUUCUCAUGAGUGUGAUCUCCCCAGCAGAGGGCGUCCGAGAGCGGCUGAAUCAUCAAUCAUCUCCUGUCUGCCCGGCUGAAUGAACUAUACCUCUAUCGCUCCACCUUCUCAGUCGCCGACCGACAGUCGGUCGCUAUUAAACACGUCGCACGUCCGUUCAGUUUCAGGCCGUUUUAAUCAUUUCAGCUCAACAGGAAGGAAUCAAAUCACUCACUAGUGUGUAUUUAAACUCUGUGUACAGAUCACUACCUCAUCGAAAGCAAUUUUACCAUGAGGAAACACAUGAGAAUGUGUUGCAGGUCAUGAAACACAAGCUUUGCUUCAGGGGCGCUGAGAAACGUUCGCAAUUAGCAGCAUUAGCAUAACAUGUUCUGAGCACUCCCGUCCGUAUUUGCAGUCGCGUCGAUCGAAAUGCCUCAUAUUAUAUGCAAGGUUUCCUUAAUCAACCGGAUGCCAUAGGAAAUCUCUCAUGAAAAUGACGGUCUUUACUUGAAAAACAAAGGCUCUGUCCCAAAGCCCAUGCGGUCGAGGCCACAUUUUGGUGGCGUAAUUCCAGUUAGUAACCCUAAAAUCUCAAACGCGUCACAUGGAUGCAGGAUGACCAUCGCGAAUACACAUUUGGGACAGAGCCUAAGGUUCCCAUCAUCGUGGGAUUUGGCGGUUGCUCAGGUGCCUUGACAGCUCGGAAUUAGGGUUAGAAAUAUCACGCGUGACAUUUCGACCUUCCAUAUCUGAAAUCUGCUUUAUUUUUAUCAGGCUGCCCAUUCCAGAGGGGGGAAACUAGCAAACACAAGAGUAGAAAGGGGAAACAUUACAAAAAUUAAAGGGAUAGUCCAUCCAAAAAUAAAAAUCCAAACAUUUUCGAAUCCCAUUGACUUGCACUGUAUGGACAAAAGAUACAAUAAAAGUCAAUGGGACCCGAAACUGUUCGGUUACCAACAAUCCUUGAAAUGUUUUUUUAUAUAUUCUGCAGAAGUUUGGAACAGCAUGAGUAAAUGACAGAAUUUUCAUUUUUGGACAGACUAUCCUUUAAUAGAAAAACAAGGCUGCUGUCCUUUAUUUACCAUGAAGUAGAUGUUAUUUUGAUGCAAUCUGAUAGGAAAGCGCUAUAUUAACACGUCAGCAAAGAGUUUCAAUACACAUGGUGAAUUAUGGACUGUCUUUGCUGCCUUCAUGGUCAUACGGCUCAUAAAUACGCCUCCUAGAUUUACAGAGUUGUCGAGGUGCUCUGGGAAUAAAUUCAUCUGUCGUUAAAGGGCCAACGAGAGACUUUGAACAUCAUCAUGAACGCGUUGGUCUUUUUUUCCCCUGUAUUCCUACAACAUGACCUCUAUACAACUACGUAAUGAUCUCAAUUAGCCACUAGGGGACAGUAUUAAAGCAAAGUUGGUGUACUUUAUCCUCUGUGAUGACCACUGCAGUGAGAUAUGACACUGUGGAUUAAAGCGAUGCCAAGUUCGUAAUGACCAAGACAGCACUGCUUCAAUAAGGACAACAAGCUAGCUUUUCAUUUUCACCUGUUUAAACAACAACAACAAAAAAAAAAGUUACAAAAAAAGUCACUGUGUUUUGUGUCUGUUAUCCACUGUCUUUUUGGAGAGUUCUUUUUAUCAUGUGCUCGCUGCUAUCAAGCAUUCAGUAUUUAAGGGGUCAGGGCUUUGGGAAUAGAGAGGAAAUUCGGGCUGGAGUCUCAUAUGAGAGGUGUGUGAUGACGUGGUGAGCGUUUUACACUCUGCAGCCUUCAUGCUUUUCAUUAAAGAGUGAAUAAAUGUGUCCGAUUAAGCUGAAGGUUUUUCUAACUGUAGGAUGGAGUUCUCAUCCCAACUGUAAUUUAGUAAGCUAAACACCUUUCAUCCACUCGAAGGUUUUCGCUGGCUAGAAACUCUGUGCUCCCAUUCAUUGGAUGUGAGGUCCAAGCCAUGCAUUUUUAUCUGUACAUCUGAUUGGCUGUCGCGGUUGAGGUCAUUGAAUGACGAAUGUUCAUUGUUCGUUCGUUCAUUCGUUGGACUGUCAGGAAACAGCGUACUACGUUCAACCAAAUUCAACACAAACGGAAAAACCUCAAUUAGACACUAACGUACUGGCAGAUGAAAUAGAGAAAUAUUUAUGGAAAUGUUUUUUGUACAGGUGUUGUUGAAAUAUGAAAGCAGAACAGUUUUACAAUGCUACGUUGAUUUCUUGAGUUGCUUCACUUUCUUGCCUCCCAUGUGCUCGAGCUGUGAUCCUGAGAGUGUCUGUAGACCAGUGGAUGUUAGGUUUAAACUUCUGUUUAUUUUUUCUUUUGAUGAAGCUUUCAAUAAAAAAAUCUACAAAAUCACGCCA